GAUUUUUAACAGCUAGCUUGGACCAAUUAGAAAACUCUCACCCCGCAACAAGAUGUUCAUAGCGUCGGCUGCCGUAGUGCCGCCGAUAUCGACAUCAUUGUCUCGCGCAAUCCGAUGUCAAUCAUUCACGUGCAUUGCGCUGUACAGCCUCAAACCCUUCAAAUGAUUUCUAGCAUGUUAUGAUCAGAGUUGAUAGAUAAUCUUGUUCUUUGAUGCCCAAGCCAUUCUACGGCCAUUUGUUGCCCAGAUGAGAAAAUACAUUUCAACAACAUGUCCCCGAUGUCGGGACUCAACCGGAUCUCCCAUUCCAAUCCUCGACUCCUAAGAACUUGCCACCGGUCUCUUCAUGUAUCAUCCAUUAGACGUUAUCGAGAUGCACAGUUCAGACGCUCUGAUUAUGAUGGACAAGGUUGGACUUCAUCAUACGAGCCAGGUGCUCCAACAAAAGGUCCCCUAUCGCAGGCUUCUAAACAUGGGGUUCCAACCCUCACCCCUUUGUCGUUGAAAAACCACUUGGAUAAAUUCGUUGUUGGACAAGAUAGAGCCAAAAAGGUCACAUGUGUGGCUAUUUACAAUCAUUAUCAACGGGUUCGAGAGUUGAGAAGACAGGAAGCCGAGGAACAGGAAAGGAGGGACCAGUAUAGUAGGAGGCAUCUAUAUGAACGGGAGCGUAGUAGUCAUCCUGUUGACAAUGAAUACGUUGGUCACGCCAUUCAAACUGCCGACCUGAAUGCUUCGUACCGUGAGCGCGAGUAUGAAGAAGAACCCGAGCUAGGUUCCAGACCACUAGAAGACCCGUCUCAAAAUCGUACUAUCAUUGAGAAAUCAAAUCUCAUGUUAUUGGGACCGUCCGGUGUCGGGAAAACCUACAUACUCCAGACUCUAGCCCGUGUCCUCGAAGUUCCCUUUGCAACAGUCGAUUGUUCUUCCCUAACCCAGGCUGGCUACAUUGGAACUGAUAUUGAAUCAUCCAUUGAACGUUUACUCUUGGCUUCAUCCAAUUCCAUUCAAAAGUGUGAAACGGGAAUUAUCUUCUUCGAUGAAAUCGACAAAUUAGCCAAACCGGCUGUUAUGACCCAUGGCCGUGACGUGUCAGGCGAAGGUGUCCAACAGGGUCUUCUCAAAAUGAUUGAAGGAACCACGGUCACUGUAAACGCCAAAUCUGAUAAAAAUGCUUCCAACUCAAACCGAAGCAUGGAUCGUGGAGGCCGAGAAGCAAGUCCCCCUGCUAGAAGCGAACAAUAUACGAUUGACACCUCAAAUAUCCUCUUCGUAUUCGCCGGCGCCUUCAUUGGGCUCGAGAAAAUAAUCUCUCAACGGCUUUCAACCGGUUCAUCCAUCGGGUUUAAUUCUUCCCUCUCCUCCUCAUCUUCGUCCUUCUUUUCCUCCAACCCAUCAAAAGAAAACCAAAAGGAUAUCCUUGUCCAUGCCACCUCCACAGACCUCCAAGCCUAUGGUCUCAUACCCGAACUACUCGGCAGAAUUCCAAUAACUACAUCGCUUUCUCCCCUCUCUCUUCCUCAAUUAGUAUCCAUUCUUACGGAACCUCGCAAUUCUUUAGUAAAACAAUACACUGCGCUAUUUGAAACCUAUGGUUCUCAUGGUAUCAUCCUCCAAUUUACUAAAUUGGCUCUAGAAGCCAUUGCUUCUCGAGCUCUCUACGGUUCCUCUUCUCCUUCAUCUAAGGAGAACAAAGGCAAAGGAGAAAAAGGAACAGGCAUCGGAGCAAGAGGUCUCCGUUCCAUUAUGGAAAACGUUUUGCAAGAAAUUAUGUUCAUAGGUCCCUCGUCACCUAAUAUCCGCUAUGUCCUUGUGGAUGAAGCAUUUGUCAAGGGUCUCGAAUCUACAUCUACAUCCUCCAUAAAUAUAGAAAACGAAGGAAUAGAUGGAACGGGUGAAACGCGUCUUCCCCGCUGUUUUCCACGCAACCAAAGAAACAUCUUCGAAGAAGCAAUCGAGCUCGAAGAAGAGCUCUGGAAACAGCGAAACGGUAUUUUAGAGAAGCAGAAGGAUGGGAAGGAGGGGAAAGAAGGUGAAGGUGAUGGUGAUGGUGACAAGUCCAUGGUCAGUUUCCAGGAAUAUAGGGUUGUGGUUGAGAGGGGGAUGUGAGAUGUAGAAUGCGAAAUGGAGGAAUUGGUUCUCGUUUUUCGAUUCUCAAUCACAUACCGCACAUACAAUAUUUGAUCAUUCAGCAUCCCAAAAUAACCAAUCCCCAAGCAAAGGAAAGCAAAGAAAAGCAAACUAAAGCAAGCCCUGCAUCACAAUGCACCAAAAGCAAGAAAAAGAACGCAAAGCAAAGAAGAAAACCCCGGGUAACAAAUCAAGACCGAUUAAUCGAUUGAUUCGAAAAAAGAAAUCAACGAAUAAUCUCAUAUCUGCUUUUGGGAAGGGAGGAGGACGAGUUGUAAUAAUCUGCUUCCGAUUCCGAUUUUGGUAUCUAUGGUUGGAUUUGAUCCCAUCCCCAAUUUCGUGUUCGAUUCACCGUUUGCAUGUCUCCAAUAUGCAGGAUUUCACUGUAGAGGUACGGAGGGAGGAAAGGGAGGGAGUUCGGCGCGUGUGCAUGCAUGCAUGAGGGGUUUUGAUAUAAGCAAGGAAGAAAGGAAGCAGGAAGCAGGAAGCAGGAAGCAGGUAAUAGUGAUGAUGAGCAAAUAGGCUGGUAUCUAGAUAUGAAAAUGGCGAAAUGGCAUUUGGCUCUCA